AUGAGUCUGACCCCCAAGGCUACAGAGGGAGCCGGCUACGCAGACACCUCCAAGACAGACGGGAAGGUUCAGCUCAACGUGGGCUGUGUCCAAGUCGUCUACCUCCACAAGUUUGUCAUGUCUUUGCUGAAUUUCAGCAACAACUUCCAGACGGCCAAAGACGCGUUGAGUGUGGCCACGGCCCAGGCAGCAGAGAAGGCGGCCUCCAGCAUCAGGGACUUUGCCCAGAAGAGCUUCCGUCUCUCCAUGGACAUCAGGUUGAAGGCCCCUCUCAUCAUCAUCCCUCAGUCCUCCACCUCACACAAUGCACUGGAGGUGGACCUGGGGCUCAUCACCGUGGGCAACAGCUUCUCUCUACUUGCUGUGGAGGGAUGUCCACUUCCUGCUGUCAUUGACCACAUGGACGAUUUACAUGGAAAAGACUCUCAGCCCAGUACUGAGCUGCUGGAGCCUGUCAACCUGCUCCUAACAGUGAAGAGAAACCUGGCUGCAGCAUGGUACCAGAAGAUGGCCGCCGUAGAGGUAGAGGGAGACCUCAAGCCCAUGAAGGUUGCCCUGAGUCAGGAUGACCUUACAGUUCUGUUGAGGAUCCUGAUGGAGAACAUUGGAGAAGCCAGUGGUCUGCAGCCAGACCAACACACCAGCCCCGACACGACAGCCCUGACACACAAGACCACGCUGAUGCUGAAAACAGACUACCCCAAAGACGGUGUAGAGAACACGGUUGAACUUCCAGAACAACAGGUAGAAGAGGAACCCCUGGAAACCAUGACGUUUAUCUUCAACAUAGAGUCCCUGGGACUGGUCCUGUACAGCAAUGACACUAAACAGGUAUCGGCUGUGUCUCAACACCAGGAGAGGCUGUGUCUGGGCGAGUUGACCUUUCACCUGAUGAAGGCUUCAGGGAAGAUGUUUAAUAACGGGUCCAUGGAGGUCUCUACCAUCCUCACAGCCUGCACCCUGGACGACAUGAGGACAGGGGUACAGAGAGUUACCUCACG